GCCAGCUGUUCGCAAGGAGACGGACGGAAAGUGGAAACGUCUUGUUUGACUGUCUGUGAACAGGCGGGUGUAGUUGUUAGUUUGCUCGAAGCAAAAGAGGGGAAAAGUCCACCAGGAGACUCGUUGAAACAGCAUAGCUUUGCCAUCUCACCCAGUGAUAGUUAUCAGUUAUAUAACUGAAGGCAUCGAUAAGAGGGAAACAGUGAUAACGGACUGGUGUCAUACAGGUCGGAGUUGAAGCCAUUUUUUUGCUUCUAAAUCAUUUGUCAGAUUGCCGACCUUGAGGUAGCGCCGCUGCCAUCAUGAAUGUGGGGACGGCGCACAGCGAGGUGAACCCCAACACCCGGGUGAUGAACAGCAGGGGAAUUUGGCUUUCUUACAUCCUGGGCAUUGGCCUUUUGCAUGUCAUCCUGCUCAGCAUUCCCUUCGCCAGCGUACCCGUGGUUUGGACCCUCACCAACCUCAUCCACAACCUGUGCAUGUACCUCCUGCUCCACACAGUAAAAGGGACCCCCUUUGAGACCCCAGACCAGGGCAAGGCUCGCCUCCUGACACAUUGGGAGCAGAUGGACUAUGGCGUGCAGUUUACUGCGUCGCGCAAGUUCCUCACCAUCACCCCCAUCGUCCUGUACAUCCUUACCAGCUUCUACACCAAAUAUGACCGGACUCACUUUGUGGUCAACACUGUCUCCUUGCUCACAGUGCUUAUCCCCAAGCUGCCCCAGCUGCAUGGCGUGAGGAUCUUUGGGAUUAAUAAAUACUGACGGGGUGGAAGAGGACACCUCCCUCUCUUCCAGAGUCCCUAUGGACUGCUUUGAGCACACAGAGUAUCAGGCCUCUGAUUUGGCCUCGAGCCCGUAAGGAUCCAUUGCUCUUUGGCUUCCCAACACUGCUGAGCAGCAUUCUAAAUGAAGCCUUUUGGGGAUGCUACUGCAUCGUGGUACCAAACCCCAGGAAAUCAGGACAAUAGACCAUACAGAGAGCACCAAACGGAAAGAGUGCUCUUUUGAGCGUUUGUGGUCUGUCUCUUGCAAGUUGCACGUUUCCUUCGCGAAACUUGUCAAGAGAGCGUCUUGUAAGCAUCAUAAAACACAUGGAAACUCUUGAAAGAACGAGAAUUUUCUGGUCUGAGUGUCAGGAGGAAAGAAUGAUUCAGUUACUCAACCAUUGUUUGGCUCUUUUACACCCCACUGACAUGCCUCCACAGAGUCAUGUAGUGUAUUUCAUUUGUAAUGAUGUACUGCUGUAUUUAUUCAUCUUCCCCUACUCUCUGUAAGGCACUCCUCCAUUUGAGGUUUUCUCUGCUUACAGAAAGAGUUGCAGAGCUUUGUUGAAGUAGUUAGGAAACUGCUGGCUGCUGUAGAGGCGAGACCCAAGAGAGUGUAAUGUUUUAUAUUUAGUCCUGGCCACUCUCCUCUGGGUCCAAGAUGGGAAAGUUCAGGAGCUCUUACUUUCGUCUGACCGUUUCCAUAUUUGGACUAGCCUUGUCCUGAUUUUUGCCAGGGCAAGCCUCCUGUCAACAGCAAAAGUCUGAGUCUUUGUGUUGAAAUCCACUGUGACCAGCUCUCUAGAUUGAUUUAGGAUUGCAGAUCAAGCAACUCGACCAAAAGUCCUUCAUUAUCACUUGAGAGGCAAUCCGGUAUUUAGUCUGUAUUCUAAGUAACUUGGAUACAUGCUAUGCAUAUUCAGACACGUGAUGCGUGUAUACACUACAAAUGUAGUCAGUUCCCUCUUAAAGUCAUUCUGUCAGCAUUGCUCCUCUUUUAUUUACAUCCUGGUUCAUAACUUGGAAACAAAUUGAUAUAUUUAUCAUGAUGGCGGUACCAUUGACAGAUUUAGCCUCUGUCUAUGCUUCAUGUACUGUUUGUGUUUUAUGUGCUAUUUCUUUUGUCACAGCUUUUUUCCCACCACUUAAUUCAGAAGGGAAUUUGACCGCUCAGCUGACCAACACAUUUCCAGCAUGGGUCCCACUGGUGUAUUUCCAGGUUGGGAAGAAGGUUUAUACAAACGCUUAAAAUCAGUGAACUCAGACUUUAAGACAUUUCAGAAUUAUAAGUGCUAACGUCAGACUAGGUAAUCAUUGUGAAGUAAUUAUACGGUUAUGUGAGAAAAAGUGAUGCUAAUCUGAGACAUCUGGAACCUUGUCAUUCACUUGAUGCCACAGCUCCCCUCAUUGGUCAUUUUGUGGUGGCCAUUUUGCAUCCCACCCAGUGAACAUUCAGUUUUAGUUAAAUAGAGCAUGCAAAAUGGCCCAAGUGAAUGCAAAUUAUAGAGCAUAACAAGCGUGGACCAAAGAAUUGAGAAUUUUGUUUACUUCAGCUUUGGUUUCCUUAUAAUGUCAUUGAAUAUUGAAAUGUUGGUGACAAAUCGAAACAGACUUUUGGCAAAGAGGAGGCUGUAAAAUUCUGCAGCACAAAGUGACCACGAACUCUUUAAUUUCAUAUAGGUUUUUGGAGGUUUCAACAUGUCUUUGGUUUCAUUAUUAUCAAUCUUGCUUGUGUACCAGGUUUUGUGCUGUCAGAUUUUUCUUAUAAACAAAACAGUGUUUUGCAUAUAAGGUCUUCCAAACUGCUGUAGUGCUUAGCUUGAACUUGAGUUGUUGUAUGGCAGAGCUGCAGAGACAGCUUGUUGGUGUUCAGUUUAAUUAGAUUGGAUAAGAAAUGUUGACUUUAUUACGUUACAGUAGAGAAGAACUGCAUCUGGUACAUGACACAAAACCUAUUUUAUUUGUAUGCUUAAAACGAAAUUAAAGUGAAAUUAUUGGUACUACCUGAUGUGAGGCUAGGAGAUUUUUGCAGUUUCAGAAGCUCUUGAGAUUCUGCUACUCUUUGGGUGACUGUAAUGAACUCUCAGUAAGGGUGAACAUUAAUUUACAGAAAUACAUUUCAUGUAUAAAUGACAAGCCCUGAUCAAUCUGAGAGUGUUGAUUAAAAUCUCUGGGCUAUUUUAAGGCAGAAAAACUUUUUUUUUUCAUUCAAUACUAUUAUAAGCCUCUUUUUUGAAGCUAAGCCUAGACCAGUAGAGUGGGCCUUUGUUGAUAAGAGUUCCCUUUUUGGAUUUACCAAUAUAUUUCUCCCCAGGAUGACUUUCCUACAUUUUGACACAGCUCAGUGAUCCAUUACAUUUGUCAUGGCGGAUGCUUAGUGCCGACGGUGCGGUUUGUGCUCGAGAAUCGCACAUUUUUUUAUGUUUAUUUUUUUACCCAAGUGAACAUAGUACCCUGUCUGACAAAGAUGGGGUGUUAAAAACCGCUUGUUGAUUUUUCAUCGGCUUUAUGUUUGUUUGUAGAAGUCUUGCAUGUUUACAUCUCUGUCCAACCACAGCCAGCUAUGAUUCCUAAGAGAAACUGAUUUGUUACGGAUAUUGCCGAAAGCCUUGACCUUGAGGUUUCUCCUGAAGGGUCUUCAUUUGUCGUGGACGGUACCAGUAUUUGUAUGUUUGAAAUGCUCUAUGACUAGGCCAGGUUCAGACAAAGCACAUGUUGCUGCAGUUUUCCAACCUUACAAACCUUACACGGUUUUCUUUUUUUCAUGAAUAGAGGAUCACUGGAUUACUUUUAUGCCUAUUAACUGUGUUGCGUGGGGCUUUAACAAACAAUCCCCACUACCUAAAAGGUAAGCCAUGAUUUUUGUUUGGACAUUGCAACCUGAUGCAGGUACGGAGAUGAUUCCUCUGUUACCAAAGCCAGGGGCUUGUUAAACAUUAAUUAAGUGAGAGUGAUAGGGAGACAUGAGUGAAGAGCUAGGUAUCACAUGGUAAGAGCACCAGGAUGAAACAGAAUUUUUACCUCUUCAGUUUAAAACUAGGGGUUUCCAACAGUGUCCUCUAAUGUUACAAUUCAAUAUCACAAUACAGGGGUCUGAUGUUUAUUUUAUUCAGUUUUUUUUAUAUUUUAUUUUAUUGAAAAGCAAUCCCUACUCAUUUCUAAUGAGAGAGGGCAUCUUUCCUACUAUUUCUGUACAUCUGAUCACUUUCUUUGGAUGGCAGCAGAUAUAGAAUGUGACCUGAUGUGGUUUUCUGGUUAUGAUCUCAGCUGACAGAAUGUCUCUCAGUCAGCCAAUAUGUAUUGCUUUAGGAUUGGCUAUAUUUGUCAUUCAUUUGUAAAUGUAGCUCAAUAAAGUUUUA